AGCUAGCUAGCUUUUUAUUCAGAUUUCUCUUUAUGCAUACACUAAUUAACCAUUGAAGAACAGUUAUUUUAGGUAGGUCAUCAACACCAUUUCAAGAAUUUGUAUAGCAAACUGUCAUCCAAGUUCAAUUCUCGUCCAUUUCCAAUGCCUCAGCACAACUUCAUCCAUAUUUUAGACCUAAAUUGAAAUCCUGUAAGAAGAAAAAUACGCGUACACAGCGUAAAGAUAAAAUGAUUAUCAUUAAUACAAACCGACAUAAGGAAAAAUAAAAUAAAAUUCAAACACAAAAAAUAACAUAUACGUGACUUACUUGUUGCAGUCGAUGUUGGGGUCAAUAGGUACGGGGACAUUGACACCACAUAAGCUAGGGAGAACCUUGGCGACAGGGGGAUCGGCGAUAGGUGAUGAUGGCAGGUUUGAAGCACUUGCAGAGCUGUUGACGAAUGGCUGCGGUGUUUGCCUCAUCGUUCAACAGCUUAACAUUGGAGCAACAUUGGGUAGACGGGGAAGGGGCUUGCUUAGUGAGGAAUGGCAAGCAGGGCACAACUGAAGCAAGGCACCUGGGCAUGUCACGCCCGCAGCUUGCCCGUUCACUAGUGUACUUGUUGACGAGCCCAUGAUCAUCAAGGCCAACAUGAAAGCUACUGUAGCUGUGCCAUUCACUCUACUGUUCACUGAUGUCUUCAUUGUGAUUUUUUAAUCUGAUCAAUACAACUUCUUUUAUUUGAAAGUUGGAAUAAUUUGCUGGUGGUGGGUGCUUUACUGAUAUGAGAUGGGGCAAAGAUAGCUAUGUCUGUUUUGCUUUUAUAGGCAUCAAAGUGUGUUGGAUAAUUGUGGAUUUAUUUCACCUAUUAAUAUUAUGGGUAUCAUUUGGAGAAAGGAAAACAAUCUUGUUAUGAAUGAGAUUUCAUAGCAUAUAUAUUUAGCAGGCUAUCUGAUCUCAUAUCCAUGCAUGAUAUUUUCUUUUGGGUGUAUUUAAGUCUAAGCGUUUUGUUAAUAAAUUUAAUAUAUUCAGAGAAAUCAAUCUAUAGAAAUAGAAAUGUGGGAUAGUACUACAUAUAUCAUAUUGGAUCCUGAUUAUAAAUUGAAAGACAAUAUGGUAAAUUUAGCAUCAUAAGUAGAGAGAUUAUCACCUUUAUUAACAGUAUACAAAUUUUCAUGUAUUCUUCUUCUUCUGUGUGUGCCUAUGAUACACCCUUGUUACUAUAACUGCAUAAACAUUUUAUUAACAUAAUUCAAAUGAAUCAAAAUACGUUAUAAAACUUAAUUUUCUAGCAUGUGAUGUUCGAAGUAAAUUGCCAAUAAAAUUAUCGGAACGACAAUGUGACAAAAUUUAGUGUCAUAAGUAGAAAGAUUAUCAUGUUUAUUAAGAGUAUAUAAAUUUUCAUGUAUUCUUUCUUCUUAUUCUUUGCGCCUAUGAUACACCCUUGUUUCUAUAAUCGCAUAAUUUUUUUGUCACAAUUAAAAUGAAUCAAAAUAUGAUCUAAAACUUAAUUUUCUAGCAUGUGAUGUUCGAAGUUAAUUGUCAAUAAAAUUGCCGAAAAAAUGCCAACAAAAAAUUGAUUAUGCAUUUUAAUGUACAACAUGUUCGUCACUUUUUUUGUAAGGGUGAAAUCUAUUUUAUUAAUUAAAAAUCUUGGAAUUACAAACAUAUUAAGAUAUUAUUGCAAUCCUGCUUAUGAUUCACAUUCAUUCCUUUAAACUAUCCAGAUAAAGGUUGGCAAUCAGUAUAGAAACCAGCUUCCUCCGGCAUAUCUUAACUUUCCCACUUGCAUAGCUUAAUUCAAUACACGAUAGCUUAAUGCUUAGCACCCCACCAAAAAAUAUCCUAAUGUCUUACAAGUUCCCUAUAGAGAAACCCUGACAUCCACAAGGAAGACAUUAUAUGAAUGGGAAGGGCAUUAACCACUGCCUUUAGAAAUACCUCUUUCACAGUCAAAGACAAACAUCGUUGUUGCAAACCUUGUAAUAGGUUGCACAAUUUUUUCUCCACAUAUCAAAACAUCUCCAUCUUUGAACAUCAAGUUAAGGAAGAAAGGCCCAAGUUCGUAUCAAUAACCUCGAUAGCUCCAACACCAAGGAUCAUACCCAAAUUGCGCAUAGGGCAAGACAUUCUGGCUAAAACACACAACUGAUUUAUCAAGGUUCACUUUCCACCUACUUAGCUUCAUGUGCAUCUAAUAAACCAUGGAAGGUACGUAGAAACAAGUAUGAGUCAUCAACAAAGAAAAUGUAUGAUAUUUUUAGGAAUCGAGGACGGAUCCGAAGGCUCCUAAGGCCCUCAUUUCCAAAGCCUGCCAAAAGAGAGCGACAAAUUCUUUAGUAAAAAUGGCAAAGAGCAACGGGGAUAGGGAGCGCCUCCUAAAUUAAAAGAGUCCCUUAAUUGCUCAAAAAUAUCCCGAAUAACUACCAUUCUUUAUGACCGAAAAGGUUGAAUAUGAUUCAUAAGCCAGAAACCAUCCAUUGUGCACAAAACCCAUGUUUAUCAAACAAUGCAAAUAAAAAUGAUCAUUCCAU